CGAGGCACAUAGGACCGGCGUGGGGCUGCUACACCCACACACACGCUCACAACACACAAGCUUCUUUCCUCGUACAGACCCACGCGCAAGCUCGCGUGAAUCCCAGCUGCCAGGCUGGACGGGACAGCGAGGACACCCACCUCACACACUCGCACACAUGCUCACACACCUACGGACACACACACUCUGGAGCGUACUAUGGUGGUCCAAGGUGCGGUGACACCCGGGAGAACCCGCCGGCUGAUGCUUAAGCUGCCGGUAGGGACUCUUCGGAGGAACAGUGGAGAGAGGAUGACAGAGGGGAGGCGAUGUCAGGUCCAUCUCCUGGACGACAGGAAACUGGAGCUCCUUGUACAGCCCAAACUGAUGGCUAAGGAUUUGCUGGACCUUGUGGCCUCUCACUUCAACCUCAAGGAGAAGGAGUACUUUGGAAUUGCAUACACGGAUGAAACGGGCCAUUUUAGUUGGCUGCAACUGGACCGCAGGGUAUUAGAACAUGAGUUCCCCAAGAAGUCUGGACCUAUUGUCCUCUACUUCUGUGUCAGAUUCUACAUAGAGAGUAUAUCCUACCUGAAGGACAAUGCCACUAUUGAGCUGUUUUUUCUUAAUGCCAAGUCCAUCAUCUACAAGGAGCUUAUUGAAGUGGACAGUGAGGUCGUCUUCGAACUGGCCUCCUAUAUUCUUCAAGAGGCAAAAGGUGAUUUCACCAGUAAUGAUGCAACCAGGUCUGACCUGAAAAAGCUGCCUGCUCUGCCCACCCAGGCCCUAAAGGAGCACCCUUCUCUGGCUUACUGUGAAGACCGGGUCAUAGAGCAUUACAAGAAGCUCAGUGGACAGUCCAGAGGGCAAGCUAUUGUAAAUUAUAUGAGCAUUGUAGAGUCUCUGCCGACAUAUGGAGUACAUUACUAUGCUGUAAAGGACAAGCAGGGCAUCCCAUGGUGGUUGGGUUUGAGCUAUAAAGGCAUCUUUCAGUAUGACCACCAGGACAAGGUCAAGCCCAGGAAGGUGUUCCAAUGGCGUCAGUUGGAGAACCUCUACUUCAGAGAGAAGAAGUUUUCAGUGGAAGUUCAUGACCCCAGGAGUAGGGCGUCGGUGACAAGAAGGACGUUUGGCCACAGUGGCAUCGCUGUGCAUACUUGGUACGCCUGUCCUGCCCUCAUCAAGUCCAUCUGGGCCAUGGCCAUCAGCCAACACCAGUUCUACCUGGACCGCAAGCAGAGCAAGUCAAAGAUCCAUGCAGCGCGGAGUUUGAGUGAGAUUGCGAUAGACCUUACAGAAACAGGAACUCUGAAGACCUCCAAACUGGCCAACAUGGGCAGCAAGGGCAAGAUUAUCAGUGGCAGCAGUGGCAGUCUUCUCUCCUCAGGCUCUCAGGAAUCGGACAGUUCCCAGACAGCUAAGAAGGACAUGCUGGCAGCGCUGAGGGCCAGGCAGGAAGCUCUGGAGGAAACGCUAAGACAGAGACUAGAGGAACUGAAGAGCAUCUGCAUCAGAGAGGCGGAGCUGACAGGAAAGCUCCCUAAGGAAUAUCCUCUGGAUCCGGGAGAGGAGCCGCCCACAGUGAGACGAAAGAUUGGGACCGCCUUCAAACUGGACGAGCAGAAAAUUCUUCCUAAGGGAGAGGAGGAGGAGCUGGAGCGGUUGGAGCGGGAGUUCGCCAUUCAGUCCCAGAUUACAGAGGCAGCCAGGCGUCUUGCCAGCGAUCCUCACGUAAGCAGUAAGAAGCUGAAGAAACAGAGGAAGACUUCUUAUCUGAACGCACUGAAGAAGCUCCAGGAAAUUGAGAACUCUAUCAACGAGUACCGGGUCCGCUCUGGCAAGAAGCCUACGCAGAGAGCGUCACUUAUCAUAGAAGAAGCCAAUAUUGGUUCUGAAGACAGCUCACUGUCUGACGCACUGGUCUUGGAUGAUGAUGACCCUCAAGUUACAGGUACCCCCACCUUCUCUCCAGUAGCAUCACCUCACAAGGGCCUCCCUCCUCGGCCACCGUCUCACAGUCGGCCCCCUCCGCCGCAGUCCCUGGAUGGCCUGCGACACCUGCACUACACACGCUCUGACUACGAUAAAUCGCCCAUCAAACCCAAGAUGUGGAGCGAAUCGUCACUGGAUGAGCCCUAUGAAAAAGUCAAGAAACGCUCCUCUCACUCCAGUCACAGGCGUUUCCCCAGUUCUGGCAGUGCAGAAGCAGGAGGUAGUAACUCUCUGCAGAGUAGCCCCAUCAGGAGCCUCCCUCACUGGAAUUCUCAGUCCAGCAUGCCAUCAACCCCAGACCUGAGGUCCAGGACCCCACACUAUGUACAUUCCACUAGGUCAGUGGACAUCAGUCCCACACGUCUGCACAGUCUCGCUCAGCACUUUAGGAACCGCAGCUCCAGCCUUGAGUCCCAGGGCAAACUGUUGGCGUCCGACCCCGACGCACACCCACACGCCCUGGGAACGCUGGGCAGCCCUGACUUCUUCCUGGGCCCAGGACGCAACUCCAAUGGCUCUGACCCACUGGACGACUGUUCAUCCUGCACCAGCCAAAGCAGCUCAGAGCAUUACUACCCCUCUGGUGGACCCCCCGGCAGCAACCCCAACUACUCUACUCUGGGAGAAGACUCACCCUCCAAAGCCAGGCAGAGGCAGAGGCAAAGGCACAGGUCUGCAGGUCACCUGGGUUCUUCUAACUCUGGCUCCAUGCCAAACCUGGCAGCUAAGAACGGCUCUGGUGGAGGCUCAGCUGGAGGCGGGAUGGGAGGGGGACACCAUGGAGUUUACCUCCACAGCCAGAGCCAGCCCUCCUCUCAGUACCGCAUCAAGGAGUACCCGCUAUACGUGGAGGGCAGCCCCAACCCCGUGGUGGUGCGCAGCCUGGAGAGCGAUCAGGAGGGCCACUACAGCGUGAAGGCCCAGUUCAAGACCUCCAGCUCCUACACGGCAGGGGGACUGUACAAAGAGGCCUGGGGGGGAGAGGAGGGAGGAGAGGGGAGUGGCCGACUCACGCCGUCACGCUCUCAGAUCGUACGGACUCCGUCAUUGGGGCGAGAGGGUGGUGGUGGAGGAGGAGGGGGGAGGGCAGCAGUGUCUGAAGAGCUGCGAUGCUGGUACCAGAGGUCCUCAGGGAGCCUGAAGGAGAGGAGUCACUCACAUUCAGGGUCCACUUCCUCCGAGACGGGGUCACAGCAAGGCACUCUGGGACACGGACGAGGGAGUAGAGUAGGGACAUUCGCCAAGGGCUCACCGGCUGCGUCCCCUCACAGCCAGAGGAGUAUGACGCCCUCCAGUGAACACGCAGCCACACCCACACCCCCCUGUAGCCCCCAGCACAUCCUCAACUGGCAGAGCGGAGGCACAGCAGACUGCUCUCCUACUGAGGACGUCUGUCAGUCUCCCCCUCAGCCCAGCUCUGAUGCAUAGAGGUCUUUCAGUGACAGCUGUUUUCUCAGCAGCCCCCUGUGUUCAGAGCUGGCAGAUGUGCAGUGGUACGGACGCGACAAGGCCAAACCUGGAACCCUGGUCUGAGACCUUCCUUUAGGGGCCCGGAAAAGUCCCCAUUGCCCUCUCCUACUGCCUCUCCACUGUCCCUCACUGCUACCCAUCGACAACCAACAACCUCAUCCUUGAAGCCCUACAAAAACCCUGCCCCGACCGGACUGGUAGACUGGACAUGAGCCUUCCUCCUCCCUAUAUCCCGCCCUUUCAUCCAUCUCACCACCUCUUUAUUAUGCCCCCCUCUAUCACAGCUCAGCCGGACAGGAACACACUCACUGGGCUCUGAUAAGGGCUGAUUUUACAGGACAGACUGAGAAAUGCCACCUCAGCUGUUGAACUGUUGCCCUGCAGCACCGCAGAGCCCUUUCUUUACUCACCCUCUGCAGCGCAUGUGACAGGACAAAGGGAAGUGAUGGGAAAAGAGAGAGAGAGAGAGAGAGAGCACAGAAAAAUAUCAAACACACAACUCAAACACAACAAAAUCAACAUCAGCCAUUCCAGGAUCUGUUUCAUAUCUCAUCUUUGGUCUCCACCCCCGCCCCCACAGCCUCACUAACUCCAGUGCACUGCCACCCAAUCAGAUGAUAACCUGCUGGAUUUGAGCCACCAGUUUAAAACCCAUUUCCAGGCCCAAACGAACUGUGUUGGAUUUCAUCAUUCCCAUCAAUGUUGUCUUUUUCCUUUAUUUCUCGCUGCAUAUUUAUAAGAAGAGAAGAUGACACAAACUUUUCAAAAAAACAAAACAAAACAAAUCUGGAUUAACCAACAUUUAGAUGACAAAUUCAGCUCCUCUCAGUUUUAACCCACAACCAAAGACAACUGCCAGAUUGACUGGUCACACCAGGGUCCCUUGGGCUGGUGCCCCUGCAGAAAAGUGACUUGUCAGUCAACUGUAUGAGAGAGAAUUCACAGUGAUGACAUCGGGAUGGUUUCUGGGACUCUGUCUGGGAUCUUGAUGAGGACUAUAGCAAUAACAAACAUUGUACAAGUAUAUGAACUGGUUUGAAUCUUCAGAGUGAAUUGAAGCAGGCAUUUCGCCAUGUUCUCUGCCUUUUGAUGCUUAGAGUAAAGGAUCAUUAGUGCAUCACAGGGAGAAUAUGGAGUUGUGGUUUUGGGGUUUGGCGUUAAUCUAUGCUUUCUCCAGUGACUUCAUCAUUCAUUUUUAUUUAAUGUCUUUGGUCUUUACGAGAUUUCUCUGUCCAUAACAGUUUGUUUGGCCGUGUGGUGGAUUACGAACAGUUCUUGAGCCAGAGUGUGGAGGGUCGGGUCAAAGGGUCAUUGUCUUUUUUUUUUUUUUUUUUUUUAACAUGGCCACACACACAGUCACAGUUACAUUCAUUACAUUUCAUCCACCUCAUAUUUUUCAUUUUCAGCCCUGACAGUAAAAGAUGAUUGGCUGUUGACACCCAUUGACAUUACUUGUAGUUUGAUUUAGAGCCUGUUCCGUGAUAAAUCUCUACAGUGAAUCUUUUUUGUUUUGUUUUGUUUUCAUCACUAGCGUCUCUUCUUUGCCUUUGAUCUUGGUUUCUCGGUUCACAUCAUGCUGAUGAUGUAUCUGUCAGUCCCUUUGUAGCACUGUGUUCUCUCAUCUUUCUGUCCGAUUCUUCAGCAUUAGAAGAGCAUCCCAGCUGAACGCAGACAGUCUGAGCUCAAUGCUGGGCGGAACGCACGCUGACAGUCAGAACACUUACAUUCAUGGGCACACAUGAGUACUAAUAUAUUUGUGCCAAACAUGUUGGUGCUUUACAUGUGUACUGUAUUCAGCCCUGGAGCAGUGACUCCUUCGAGCUACAGACCCCUUGAAAUCCCCACAGUCUACAGCCAUUCUCUAAAACAGCAGCAAUGCAGAGUAGCCAGAAGACACCUCGCAUGCUCCUCUAUAAUUUGGCAUCAGGGGGAAAUUGUUGUUAGUCAGUCUUACUUUGGUCUUAAAGCACAACAUGAACAGUGUCUAUGAGGACUGGAGCUAGAACCACAGAUGAGGCUUUAAAUUAUAGUUUUGUUUUUUUUGUUUUUUACAGUAUAUGGACAUGGAUGAGUUAAUAAUUAAUACCCCGUUGUCAGGGCAGAAGAGAAGCCAUAAUCAGAACUGAGAAACCUCCUCUGAAAUGGAGAGGAUUAUUUUCUCACGCAACCCAAUCAACAAUCAGAUAUUCAGAACAGGGUUAGAAAAGCACACCUGGUUUUGUAUAAAGGAAGUAGAGCUCUGCAUGUUUUAGCUGUCCCUGAAUCAUCUUCCCUCGACAUGUGUUUAUGUUGCAAACUAAUGCUUGCCAUUGUUUCAUUGUUGCACAAAAUCUGAAUUGAUCAGAUGUUAAUUUUAAUAAGAUCGUGACAGAUUUUACAUCUCAGUGACAGAGAGGAGUGGAGUCUCAUUGCACCAUUACGUCUGGACGAAUGGUGUAUCAUGCUGUAAUGCAUGGGAGGAAUGGUAUGUAUCUUACCCUGUCCCUCACAGUGGUGUUUUCUUUAUGCACUGACGUCAGUAGUUGUAAUUUUCCACUCCCAUGCCCCCUGUGCAUGGCUGGUUCUCCAAGAGUCAUCCAUCCAUGCCUGGUCAGAUUUGAAAGGUCUUUACCCAGGACUGGAACCAGCACUCACCAUCUAAUCAGAAUUCUUAACUGUAAUGUCUUCAAGUUUGACCCAGCUUUUCUCACUGAAAGUCUGUGCCCAGAUUUUGUACGCUAAAGACACAAUUCCCAUGCAUGCCAUGCAGAUCCAGUGACAAAGACCCUGAAGACAUCCAGCAUUCGAUUCCUAUACACUAACAUUAGCACGUCUUGCUCCAUAGUGUCGCCCCGUCCCCGCCCCAGAGAGUCCUGUUUUGACCUUGUGGUAAUCUCUGACCCUGACGUGGUGAAGUGUGACGUCCCCUCCCUCUGUAGUUCCAAACACCCCAUGUUUUCUGUGCUCCAUAGAGAUGUUUGAGGUUUUUGUAAUACUCCAAGAGAAGUGAACUAACUCUUUUAUCAGUCUUUUCCUGUAAGUACGGAGGGGCACUGUAAGGUUUUGUGGAGUUUUUAACAUUCACAUUCAUUGUUUUAACAAUGUUCCAUUUUAUAAGACCCAGUAUUGUUUUUUUUUUUUUGUUUUUUUUUAGUUCUGACAUUGUAACAACCCUUUCAGGUGCUACAAAAUGACCAGUUACUGCUUUGUCACGUAGGAUCUAGACAUCUCUUCACUGUUAUCAAUAGAUUCAAUACCAGAUGUGCAAAAUGAAGCUUAUUUUAACAGACAGUUUAAUAGUAGAACACUUCCCCUACCAGACAAUAGAGCAUGUAACUUGAUUUUAUCAGUUCUGUUCAACUGUAACAAUACAUUAAAGGUGUUGUAGAAAAAAAAAUGUGGAAUUGAUAAAAAAAAAACUGAAUUCCACAGUUAAUUUAUUCUUUUUUCUAUUAAAAAUUUGUAUAGUAACUUUACAUUUUUCAAAACUGUGUUGUUGGAAAUUGAUGAUGAAUUUUCAAGAUGAGAAGCCGUGGUGGUUCUUGAGAGUAAGAAAAAUAAAUUAUUGAUGAAUGUUCUCAAGA